AUGAUCCAAGAGGUGCUGCACAACUGUCAUGACUCCAUUGAAGGAGGACACCAAGGUGUCGUCCGCUCUUACCAGAGAGUAAAACACGACUACUACUGGAUCGGUCUCUACGCAGAUGUGGAGAAACAUGUGAAAUCGUGUCUCGACUGCGGCUCGAGUAAGAGUUUGCCGCAGCUUAAAGGCUACUCGCCUCGCAAUGUGCUCGCGGAGCGACCAUUCCAGGUGGUGUCGAUGGAUUUUGUGAUCCCUCUGCCGAGAUCUCGUCGGGGGAACACUGCCCUAUUGUUAUGGCAGUGCUCGUUUACUGGGUUUGUGAUCGCUAAAGCGAUGUCAGAUACCGAUGCCCUGACUGUGGGCCAAGGUGUUCGAGGAAUACGAUUUGGUGCUCCGUCUCUUAUUCGUCACGACCGAGACCCACGCUUUAUGAGCGAGGUCUUCCAGGCCUUCGCUGAGUUAAUACAAGCACGGUCAAGGUCAACACUGAGAUAUCGCCCACAAGCAAAUGGACAGCAAGAGCGGUCGGCCAAGAAGACCGUGAUGCAGUCGGUCAAGGUCUAUGUGGAAGACCCGUUGCAGCAAGACUGGGAUGAGAUCGCUGAGCGACUAGUCUUUGUGAUCAACAACACCCAUGAUAUGACCAGGAAAGAGACACCAUUCUACUUGGUACAUGGAUGGGAUGCCCAUACGACACUACGAGCAAUGGCGACCUCUCUGAAGCGAGGUGUUGGUAAGCAGACUGAGGCACUAGCCUGGCGACGAGAAAUCAACCGCCACCAGCAGAUUGCUCUCAAAAUGGCGAAAGAAUACCAAGCUGUGGAGAAGGCCCGACGUGCUAGAAUUCAUAACGAGAAGCUCAGUCGCAAAGAACAAGCCGCGAUACCAAAAAAUGUGAAUGAUGACUCGCCCGACGAUGACUCGGAACUGAAGUCUCUAUUUCGACCUGGAAGCCGA